GUUCCCGAGUGUUUGCUAAAAAUGUUGCCAGCGUCACAUGCAAAUUACAAUUGAAUCUUGUUAACAGGGACCACAAUCACCUGCAGAUUUUCUAAAUGCCAUCUCGGCCGUCAGGAUCGAAUCCAACGGUGCCUACUGCCCAUGCCCUCUAGCGAGUUACCUACCGGCAAGGCAACUGCCGCGGCGGCCGCUCCGCCUCUCUCCCUUUCCCUCUCCCUCUCCCUCUCCCGGCCUUCCUUUCCUAGCGGCGACGAAGGGGCGAGCCGCGAGCGGCGCCAACCUUGGCCAGUUCUUCGUGGGGCUCUUCCCCAGCGACGAGCAUCCGACAGCUUCGAUUUUUUUUUCAAACAUUAUCGGGCGUGCCCCUGCUGCUGAUUGGGUAGAUGGAGGUGCCAAUAAACUCUGCGCAAUCCGGUGCUCACUUCCCUGUGCAGCAUCAGUCCCUCUCGUUAGAUAUCAAGGGCAAUAAGACAGACAUUGUUAUCAGUAAAUAUGAAGAUACCUUUAUGGUGAUUGUGACCCAAAUUGGCUGCAUGGGAACCAUACUAGCUGCCAAGAAAGAUGAAAGUGUUUUCUUGGACCCAACCUACAAUGUAUCUGUUCUUUUUGGGAAGAGAGAUGAGCCGCUCCUACUAGCUUGUGCACGCCAACUUAUUGAGCACAUAAGUGGCAGUGGUUCAGCCCGGUCAUUGGUGAUCUCUCUUGGCCUGAAAGAGCAUUCUCAGGGAACACUGAAGGAUAUAAUUUCAGCUGUGAUUGAGAAUUGUCUUUGGUGAUGGUUUUGAUUAACUGAGCUGGAGUUGGGAUGGGCAUAAUCAGCCCAUCGACAAAGAUGCUGACAUGAACAUAUAAAAUUGAGCAAGAUGAACCCUCGUUGUAUGACGUAUGAAAUUCUAGAACUUCUGCAGUUAGAAUUUCUUUCUCCUUUAACAAACACAAUAGGACGGUUUUAACUUUUAAGCAGUCCCAUAUCGAUAUAUAUUGUCCUACCACGGGCGAGGUGGGUGGUUGAGGCUUCCAGUUGGUGUUCCUGCAUGGUUGUAAUAUUCUGUUGCCAAGAUUUGAGUCUGAAGCUAAACAUAAUCACUUUUCCGGGGAGCA